ACCCCAUUUUGGAAAUACACAUGAGCCUCGUGUCCCCUCUGCCAACAGAGUGUGAUAGACGGCUCCUGGCUGUCGGUACUGUCCGGCAUUAACACGUGCCACCAGGGCAUAAAGGAUCCAGACUUUCUGCUAGGAAAGACUGUGGAAAUCAAUAUCACAUUUGAUUCACAUCAACAAAUAGGCUCACUGAUGAGGAAAUACUUCAAUCAUAUGAGCUCUGUGCUGAUUUUAUAUGGUGAACAUGAGUGAGAAUAACUUUGCAGGGGGUAGAGGAGGGGUCCAGAAGGACAUACCGUUUUAUAUUUAGACAACCAGGGAGAUGGUGAUAACAUUUCACACUGUGGACAACACGGUCCUGAUUGUAUCCUGCAGUUAAACAGUCUCCCCUACGUCAGACUUGAAAUCACACUGAAGAGCCAAAGUGGUGUAAUUUCACUUCUGGAUGCAUUUUUGUCUCUCCACAUCUCCUCCUCUCUCUGCCUCUCGGAUCUAGUCGGAUCCAGUCUGGGUGAAGCGGACUUCUUGGUGCGAGAUAAUCGGCAGAUGAUGUGAGUUAAUGAGGCGGAGAUGCGGAGGGACAAACUCAGACGCGCUCCUCUGCGGCCAGGACAGGUGCGCAACAAGUGAGCGAGAGGAGGACGAGUCGGAGGAGACAGACAAAACAUAGGAAGUCACGGGAGGGAGAAGGAAGGAGAUAAAGCAGAAACACUUCCCUGGUUCUCGCCAUGGAUACGGGACAGAGCGCCCAGGUCGCAGACAUGGGAGGAGAGCACUCCGCCGGAACGUGCGUACUGGAGCGGGACCGGGACCGGGAGAGGGGCGAGGUGUCCAGCCCCUGCCCGCCGGCCAAGCAGCGCUCCCUGCGGGUGGUGUACGUCCUGAACGACGGGCUGAAGUCGGUGAUGGCCAGCAGCCCGGAGUCCGGAGCGUUGCAGUGUCUGCAGAGAGCCUGCGACUCGGAGAGCGCGCUGCUAACCACCGUCACCUUCGGACGGCUGGACUUUGGAGAGACAUCAGUGCUGGACAGUUUCUACGAUGCAGACAUCGCAGUUGUGGACAUGAGCGAUGUGUUUCGGCAGCCCUCCUUGUUUUACCACCUGGGUGUGAGGGAGAGCUUCGACAUGGCCAACAACGUCAUCCUGUACCACGACACUGAUCCUGACACUGCCCAGUCACUGAAGGACAUGGUAGCACAGAAAAACACAAAGGCCUCUCGUCCUCCAGCGUUAGGUUUUCCCUGGGUUCAGUUGCCUCCAGAGUACAGAGGCUCUGGAUUGCGCAAUAAAGCAUCCAGUGGUAACUACUACUUCAUCCCCUACAUAGUGACUCCUAACCAUGAGUACAUGUGCUGUGAGAGUGACGCCCAGCGCAGGGCCAGUGAGUACAUGCAGCCCAGCUGGGACAACCUGCUGGGGCCGCUCUGUGUCCCCCUGUUCGACCGCUUCACCAGCCUGCUGAAGGACAUCCAUGUCACAUCCUGUGCUUCCUUUAAGGACACCCUGCUAAAUGACAUCAGGAAGGCCAGAGAGAAGUACCAAGGAGAGGAGCUGGCCAAGGAGCUUUCGCGCAUCAAACUCCGAAUUGACAACACGGAGGUCCUCACCCAGGACAUCGUCAUGAACCUGCUGUUUUCCUACAGAGACAUACAGGACUACGAUGCCAUGGUGAAGCUGGUGCAGACUUUGGAGAUGCUACCGACUUGUGAUCUGGCCACCCAGCCAAUGAUCCAGUUCCACUACGCCUUUGCCCUCAACAGGAGGAACAGUCCUGGUGACAGGGAGCAGGCUCUCAGAGUGAUGCUGCAGGUGUUACAGUCAUGUGAACAUCCAGCACCGGACAUGUUCUGCCUCUGUGGACGGAUAUACAAGGACAUCUUCCUGGACUCAGACUGCAAAGACACCAAAAACAGGGACAAUGCUAUACAGUGGUACAGAAAGGGUUUUGAGCUGCAGCCAACUCUCUACUCUGGGAUCAACCUGGCUGUCCUCCUCAUAGUUGCUGGCCAACAGUUUGAGAGCUCCAUUGAACUGAGGAAAAUAGGUGUGAGGUUGAACAGUCUGCUGGGGCGCAAAGGUUCCCUGGAGAAAAUGAAUAAUUACUGGGACGUGGGCCAGUUCUUCACCGUUAGCAUGCUAGCUAACGACAUCCCCAAAGCUACUCAGGCUGCCGAGAAGCUCUUCAAACUCAAGCCGCCACUCUGGUAUUUGCGCUCCGUGGUGCAGAACCUGCAGCUGAUCCAGAGGUUUAAGAAACAGACGAUAGAACAUUCUCCUCAGCGGGACAGACUCAACUUCUGGAUGGACAUCAUCGUCGAGGCCACGCAGGGCACCACCAAUCGACUGCGCUUUCCAGUGUUGAUUCUGGAGCCAACGAAGAUUUACCAGCCUUCCUAUGUGUCCAUUAACAAUGAGGCUGAAGAGAAGAAUGUCUCUAUCUGGCAUGUCUCUCCUGCGGAAACAAAAGGGAUCCAUGAGUGGAACUUCACUGCCAUGUCCAUCAAAGGCAUUAGCAUCAGUAAGUUUGAUGAGCGCUGCUGCUUCCUCUACGUCCAUGAUAACUCAGACGACUUUCAGAUCUACUUCUCAACUGAGGAACAGUGCGGUCGAUUCUGCUCCAUGGUGAAAGAAAUGAUAUCUGAUGGUACAGGCAAUGCUGUCGAGCUGGAGGGGGAAGGAGACGGAGAUACACUGGAGUAUGAGUAUGACACCAAUGAGACAGGAGACAGGGUGGUGUUGGGGCGCGGCACCUAUGGAGUAGUGUACGCCGGGAGAGACCUCAGCAACCAGGUCCGAAUCGCCAUCAAAGAGAUCCCUGAGAGAGACAGCAGGUACUCCCAGCCUCUUCAUGAGGAAAUUGCCCUCCACAAGUACCUGAAACACAGGAACAUUGUUCAGUAUCUGGGCUCUGUUUCUGAGAAUGGAUACAUCAAGAUCUUCAUGGAACAAGUGCCUGGAGGAAGCCUGUCUGCGUUGCUGCGGUCUAAAUGGGGUCCGCUGAAGGAGGCAACAAUCAUCUUCUACACCAGACAGAUCCUGGAGGGGCUCCGAUACCUGCACGAAAACCAGAUUGUUCACCGAGAUAUCAAGGGUGAUAAUGUAUUGGUGAACACCUACAGUGGAGUCUUGAAGAUCUCAGACUUUGGUACCUCUAAGCGGUUGGCAGGUGUCAACCCCUGCACAGAGACAUUCACCGGUACCCUGCAAUACAUGGCUCCAGAAAUCAUUGAUAAGGGCCCUCGAGGGUACGGGGCCCCGGCUGACAUCUGGUCCCUGGGAUGCACCAUUAUAGAAAUGGCCACUGGGAAACCGCCCUUUCAUGAGCUGGGAGAACCGCAGGCGGCCAUGUUUAAGGUCGGCAUGUUUAAGAUCCACCCAGAGAUCCCUGAGUCCUUGUCAUUGGAGGCCAAGUCGUUCAUCUUGCGCUGCUUUGAGCCAGACCCUCACAAGAGAGCCAUCACCUCAGAUCUCCUCAGAGACACUUUCGUCAGACACAACACCAAGGGCAAGAAGAGCAAGAUUGCCUUCAAACCAUCAGACUACAUCCACAAUGUUUCGCUGCCGGUGCAGUUGCAGUGCGAGGCUACCGGGAGCAGCAGCAGUGAACACGGUUCUGUGAGCCCAGACUGCGAUUCCAAACACGACGUUUUCUUCCAGAAGAAGAAAAGCUCUGGCUCUGAGAACCUGCUCAAACCUCCCAACUCCAACUACCUGAGUGUUCCAGAUGAGGGUUCGGUGUCGGAGGACCGCAGUGUCCCCCCCUCCCCUGACGACAGGGAUAGCGGUCUAUUCCUGCUGAAAAAGGACAGCGAGAGACGGGCCAUUCUGUUCAAGGUCCUCAAUGAGGACCAGGCAAAGGUCAUCUCUAACGUGAGGGAGAACUACAUCCAGGGCAGUGAACAGCUUCAGCUGUCUGUCGAACACAUCAAGCAGAUCAUCUGCAUCCUACGAGACUUCAUCCAUUCCCCAGAGAGGCGCGUCAUGGCCGCCACCAUCUCCAAGCUCAAGCUGGACCUGGACUUUGACUCCACCUCCAUCAACCAGAUACAGCUGGUGCUCUUUGGCUUCCAGGACUCGGUGAACAAAGUCCUGAGGAACCAUCACAUCAAACCCCACUGGAUGUUUGCGAUGGAUAACAUCAUCCGCCGAGCUGUGCAGGCUGCCAUCACCAUCCUCAUACCAGAGCUGCAGACCCACUUUGGCCCAGCGUCAGAGUGUGAGGGAGCAGAGAAGGAAGACGAAGUGGACGAAGAGGAGUUUGGUCCCGUCUUAGCGCCUCACACCGACGACCCCGGGACAACUGCUGAUCCCGCCCACCUUGCCGGCAGCACGCUAAACUCUGGCCACUCACAGGAGCACCAACGCUCGCAUCAUCAACUGGGUGCCCAGCUGGGGCGACUUAAACAGGAGACCAACAGGCUGCUGGAGGAGUUGCUGCAAAAGGAGAAGGAGUACCAGCAGGUUCUGAAGGCCACACUGCAGCAGAGAACACACGACCUGGAGCUGGUCAGAGUCAGACACAAACCACCAGAUAUUGCACCUCCCUCCAUCUUCCAAAUCCCAGCUGACCACGAGCCAGACAAGCAGCUCACUGAUUGGCUGAGAGAGCAGGGGGCAGAUGCUGACACCAUAGAUAAGUUUGUGCUGGAGGAAUACACACUGACCGACAUUCUCGAUGACGUUACCAAAGACGACCUCCACUGUCUACGCCUACGUGGUGGAGUCCUCUGCCGCAUCUGGCGGGCCAUCCAGCGGCACCGAGAGCGAGAGAGGCUGAGGGGCGCUGAACGCACGAAAGACGCGUGAUGAGAUACGCUGACUACAACUCUGGAGGACUCUGUUUGGCAGAAAACACGCACACAUCUGCACACUACUAGCCCUGCAUGGCGAUGUCGCCUUUCUCUCUUUCUCUCUUCUCCACAGUGCCUUUUCAUGUUGUAGUCUCUGCGUCGUGUGUAUUGAAUCUUUGAUUGACUGUUUGUCUCCACGCAGUGUCAGACUGGACCAGACCAAAGCGCUUUAGCGCAGGCACAACUGUAUAUACGCACAUUUGAAUGUAUAUCUGUGCCAAGAUGUGUUUAAGUGCUCAAGAAUUUUGAAAGAAAAAUCCGGCAGUUUAAAGUGAUAUUCCACUCCAAAUCAUUUUAGUAUGAGACCGUCACCUGUCUGUAGACUUGGCGUUGGGAGUCUGAUUCUCCACAGAGAAUCAAAAUGUCCAUAAAGAGUUUUCAGACUGCCCCUGUAGCAUCAUCUGUCCAGUGGUUUUCAUUCAAAUUCUCAAUACAACAACAUAACUUUGACAAAAUGUGGUUAUAUUGCUCCUGUCAUACCCGUCACAUGAUUGCUGAACUCAUGAUCACGUACGUACAUUGCUUUUCCUCCUCUUGUUCCUGCGUCAGUCAGAAGCACUCUAUCAUUCUUCAUACUGUGUAGACAAACAAACAGCCGAAUUAUGCUGCAGUGGACUGACAAGUUUACGUAAACGCUUUGCAAAUGAAUCCAAGCACCGUCCCUGUUCUCUGUAAAGGAGUACAAAUGUUAUUCAGCCAAAACCUUUAGCCCCUGGGUCUUCAACAGGGGGUCCGUGGCCCCUAGGGCGUCCUCAGAGUUACUAUAGGGGGGCCACCAAAUGGCCUCUAAAUAAUCUAAUUAAUUAAUGAAUUAAUGAAUUAAUUAAUUAAAGUUUUAGUAAGUAAAAUGUGUCAGAAAAUUCACAUUAACGUGAAUCUAACAUAUUAUUAGCCAAGAUAAAUCAGCCUAUUCAUAAAACCAUAAAUUCAUAAAAUUAGUUAAAGGGCCAGUGUGUAAUAUUUGGCAUGGUUUAUUGUCAAUCUGAAUCUGAAUCUGAAUAUUCUACCCAUUAAUAUGUUUAUACAAGUGUAUAAUCGCUAUAAAAUAAAAUUCGUUUGGUUUUCGUAGCCUUAUAAUUAUGCUUUUAUAUAUAUAUAGCAAGGGCCUUGCUUUAGAGAGGUCGCCAUCUUGCGCCGCCAUGUAUGUACGGCAGACCGAGCGGACAAUCCAGCCAGCCAGAGAACGCGUUUUGUGUGUAUAAAUGAACCAACGAAGACAGCGGAAGGAAGGAAGAAGGAGGAGGAAACAGCAGAGAGUGUUAGUAGUUCGUCGAUAGAGAGUAGUGAAAGUUUUUUUUAGUUAUAAAGUUUGUGAAUGGACCACACUUAUCAUGCAACAGGAGAGAAUGAACCUGAUCCGUCAUCUGCGAGGAAAAGAAGACGCAACUUCACUCCUUGUGAUGCACUCUCUGCGGCGCUUUUCCUCCUGAUAUAUCUCCCCAGCGAUGGUAGCAGUAGAACCAAAUCCCAUUCUGUGCAUUCAGCCUCUCUUCUCGCCCGCUCAGCAUCAAACACAUGGAGUUCCUCAUCUGUAUGCUCCGGCUCAAACAGGUAUGGCUCUGGGUCUGUGUCCGCUACAAGAAACUCUUCAAAAUCGCGUUCAAAGUCGUCCAUUGUAGCUACUAUAGUCCGGAGAUAUUGCUAGGCUAAAUAAACAGCUGAGCUCUGUUUACAGGCUACGCUGUCAGUCAGUGUGCGGGCUGGAGAUUGGUGGAGCAGAGAGGGGAGGGGGUGCCCGCUUGGUAUUGUAAACGAGUAUGUGUGUAUGAAGUGUGUCUGUUACGCCAGAAGAGUCAGAGUUUGGGACGGAGUGUUACCGGAGUUUCUGGAGUGCUCAAACAAACUGGCCUUUUUCCCAAACGCUCCUCUGGUCUCCUGCUCGUGAGGGAUUCAUUACAAUAUCGUAACAUGGUUUAGAUUUCUAAAUAAAUAUUCACCUCGUCGCUAGAUAGACCUACUCCUGAAAAACUCAUGUCUGCGCAAGGCUUUUUGUCCCUACGGGGCCACCGUCAUUUACCCGACGGGAGGGGUGAGCGAGUGAGCCCUGCAAUCUAGAAUUUGACCACUGAUGUCACUGUUUUCAACCCAUUUUACACACUGGCCCUUUAACAGUACACAACAUUUUUGAUUACGUUUGUUACCCAUCAAUUGUUAUGUGAUCAUGUGAGUUAGCUAACGCUACAUCACUGUGCGACACCUGUAAUUAUUUUUGCAUAUUAGCUAGUUAGCUUUAUUACUACGUCAAGUGUACAGACAUUCUUGUGUGCCACAAUGGAUUGUUUCAUAACUUUUUAACAGACUCUGACACACUGUGGAAACCACCACUGAAAGUGCGGAUGGUGAGAUUAACGCACCUAGCAAUGCUAAAACUGCUUAGUUAGCAGCUAGGCAAACAAGAGAAGACCCGAAAGAUAUUCAGAGCUAUCUCAAGUGCAACUCUUUUUUUGAAAAUAUAUGUCUGUCUUUGGGCCAAGGGGUCCUUAGCCUGAAAAACGUUGAAGACCCCUGCUUUAGACUAUUUGUCAGUCCCCUUGUUUUUCAGCCAACUCAUUAUAAAACAACAAAGAUGCCUCAGACUGUUCCUGCUUUAGGUUCUUUGCUUUCAUAAUUCCCUGGAAAAUUAUUCCGAAACUUUGCAAAGGUAGAAUACACAAGCUAAUGCGCACGCUAUCUAUUUUUCCAUUUAUGGCAGCAGAUCUCUGUUAUAGGCAAAGUUGAAAAAAAUAAUGCAGCCACAUUUAGAUAAUUUAUUUAAACUUGCAAACGCAUGACUGCCACCACAUCACUGCCUUCACAUUUGUCUGCAUAAUAUCAAAAUUUCCCUUAUAUUCUUAAUGAAGUGUUUCCUCCUCUCUGCAUACCUGUACUUGAAUGUUUAUUAUUCCAUCUGUUAUGUAUGUGCCUGUCUGUUUCAUUGAUUGCUUUACAACUGCAAUAA